AUGUCGCCACGUUCAGGUUAUGACAAUGCCAGUGGUUAUGGAGCCUUCGCUGCACCACCAUCAAAGGCGAAUAUAUCGCCACGUUCAGGUUAUGGCGCUUUUGACAAUGCCAGUGGCUAUGGAGCCUUCGCUGCACCACCAGCAAAGGUGAAUAUGUCGCCACGCUCAGGUUAUGGAGCUUUUGACAAUGCAAGUGGUUAUGGUGCGUUUGCUUCUCCGCCAGCGAAGGUGAAUAUGUCGCCCCGUUCAGGUUAUGGAGCCUUUGACAAUGCAAGUGGAUAUGGAGCCUUUGCUGCCCCUCCGGGAGGAAUGUCUCCUCGAUCUGGAUAUGGCAAGUUUGAUGAUGCUAGUGGUUACGGCAACUUUGCCUCGCCCCCCGAUCUUCGACAAGGAGCGAACCUCACAAGGAAGGUUGAAACACCUUCCGAGUCAGUCCUUCACGCAAAGUAUCAACACGCUUUCUAUCGUGUUGGAGGAGAACAGGCAGCACUUUCGCUAUGGAACUCAGCUGGACAAACAAUAUGGCAACGGUACAUGUCGCGAACAGAGCUCCUGCAAGCCGUGAGACGGAGUUUUGAGAAGCACGAACGAACCAACCAUGGAUUUAUGACAAAGUCACAACUGAAGGAAGCAUUAAGAGAUCUUGGAUGCGUCUUUACCGACGACCAGGUAAGGGGAUAG